CUGUAUAUAGUAUCAGCUGUAGGCGCUAUAGUAGUGGCAAGAAGUAUCAUGUGCUUUUCUUUUCCUCUAUUUGCAGAUUACAUGUUCGAGGCUCCGGGUGAAGGAUGGGAUAAUAGUGUACUUGCUUUUACAGUUUUGAGAACCGUGUUUAUGGGCUGUCUGGCAUUGUGGUUCUAUAACAAAUGA